AUGAAUUCGACGAGUAUGACGGUACCCGUGCCUGACAUAGUUGAUCGGCAAUUUAAGAAGCCCCUCUUUUGCGGCCCUGGACCUUGUGAUGUGUGGCCCUCGGUAGCGGAAGCUUUAACUGGGCCCGUCUUAUCUCCGAUGUGCGACGAGUUGUUUAACGUCUUCGAUGACGUACGAGCAGGAAUCCAGUAUCUGUUCCAAACGCAAAGCAAGCUUGUCUUGGCGAUGAGUGGCUCCGGCCACGCUGGUAUGGAAGCAGUGAUAAGCAAUCUCGUCGGACCAAAAGAGACGAUUCUCAUCGCUACAAGAGGCAUCUGGGAUGAGCGAGCUUACAAUAUUUCAAAAAGAUACGGUAUCAAGCCGAUUGUGUAUCGAAUACCAUUUAAUCGGUCUUUUACCUUAGCUGAGCUUGAAACACAAUUGAAAACGUAUAAACCGACAGCGCUCUUUAUAACCCAUGGAGAUUCAUCCUCAGGGACUGUGCAGAAAAUUGAAGGACUCGGGGAAAUUUGCCAUAGAUACGGCACAUUGUUGUUGGUAGACACGGUGGUCUCCUUGGGCGCAACUCCAUUUUUCAUGGACGCAUGGGGUGUCGACGGCGUAUAUACGUCCACUCAGAAAGCACUUAGCGGACCAGCCGGUAUAUCUCCAGUAGCAUUUAGUGCUCGAGCCGAGGAGAAAAUAAAUAAUAGAAAGCACGAACCACCCUUCUACUUCGAUAUCAAAUUACUGGCGAAGCAGUGGAAUUGCUACGGGAAUACAAAAGCGUACCACCACACAAUGUCGUCUCCUCUUCUUUGGGCGCUGCGAUGUUGCCUAAGGCAAAUUUGUCAAGAGACGUUGGAGAAAUCUUGGGAGAGGCACGCUCGAGUAACCGAGUAUUUCCAUAAGCGAUUACAGCAGCUUCCCCAGGGCCACGCACCAACUCCUACUAUUGACAAAUGGACAGGCUUAUCCAAUGAAGGAACACAGCCCCACAUAAGUAAAGUGCAGAUGGUUACACUU